UUUGAGCGUAUGAUGCACCGUGGUCGACGCACCUGUGCGCACAAUAAACCCAGCCCGGUACCGCCUGGUCCCCCUCUACCUCCUCCUCCUCCCCCUCCUCCUCCUCCUCCGCCGCCGCCGCUCCAGCACCGUGAGCAUCUCAAACACACCAGCCUGGAUUUUACCAAACUACGCCUCUGUGGAGUUUACUGCUGGAUUUUAGCACUUGGAUACUCUCGGUGGUCUGUGGAGGUAAGUGAUGGAAUUGAGAGAGGCCAGCGGAUCCAUUGUGAGCUCAAUUUCCCAGCAGACAACAUGAAGGAGGAAAUUCUACUCGCGCUGAUAGACAGAGAGGUCUUUCCCAUCAGACCUUACACCAUGAGUGUUGAUAACAUCUCUUUUGAAGAGUAAAAAAAUAUUAAAAUAUCACCACCUCCUCCCCUCUCCCACUCCUUUCAUUUACCCUACAGAGGAAAACAACAAUUCCUUCACACAACCACCCUGCAACUACUGGACAAUUCACAGAUGUAACUGACCUUACGAC